AUGUCUGACAAUGGCGGCAACAUCUUUUUGAUUAAAUUGAAAGUAUCAGAGUCUUUUCAAAUACAGACAGAAUAUAAUGAAGAAAAGCGAGGAUCUUCUGAAGAAAAGGCAGUAUCUUCUGAAGAAAAGUUAACCUCUUCUCAAGAAAUGUUAGGUUAUUCUACAAAAGAGUCAAAGUCCUCCAAGGAAGAGAUCGAAUCUUUUGAACAAGAACCUCAAUCUUUGAAUGAAGAAAACCAAACCUUUGAGGAAGUGACCCCAUAUUUUGGAGAAGAGAUCAUCUCUUCAGCAGCAACAUUUGUACAACAGCCCGAAUAUUCAGAAGCAGUGUCAUCCUAUUUAACACAUCAAGCCCCAUAUAUGAGUCAACAGUUUCACCCGCAACAACCACACUUCGGACUUCAGACCUCCUAUACUGAACCAGUACCAUCACAUUAUGAAACACAGACUCAAUAUUACAAGCCAAUGCCUCCUUACUACGCACCAAUGCCCUUAUAUUACGGGCCAGCGGCCUUCCAGUGUGGUAUAGUGCCAGGAUACAAUAGGAUUAUUAACAAGUUACGGAAACAUUAUAAGAACAAAUAA